AUGUCGAAACCCAAGGUCCGUUCUCACAUGUUGCAGCUGGUAGAUUCGGACUCGGAGGACGACUUCGGAGGAAACACAUUAAAAGUCGCGCGAUCUGCUACUGCUCCUACAGCUUCUCAACAGUCCAAAUCCACAAAGAAAAGUAACGUUAGCACCAUGCCUCCGAAGAAGAGAGCCGCGGCCGGUCGCCAGGCUGCGAAUAGGGUCACCAAGCCUGCCGUCAAGCCGUCUAGCACAAGACGCCGGUCCAAUGACCGGAUUGCUGCCGCUGCCGAUGAAUUGAUCGCCGGUGAUAGGACGGCGUCGGUGGAGAAGCCGAGCAACACGAAACCAGCGGGGAAAGGAGGACGCAAACGGGCCGCUGCUGUAGAGAAAGAGGAGGAGGAUAUCGCUAUGGAAGAUGCACCCGCUACUGCUGCUCCAGUCUCACCCGUUGCUAAACAGAAAGCUGCUCGUGGGCGUCCCAAGAAGAUUGCGGUUGCCAUUGCCACGCCCGAGCCGGCACCAAGCGGCCCACGGAGAGGAAGGAAACCAGGAAGCAAGAAAACAAAACCCGAAGCCGUCGAAGAGGAGGUGUCUGAGAUCCCCGAAACACAACAGCCCGAUGCUAUGCAGAACGGUCUCGACGAAGACGAUGAUCAUGAUGACCUAGCAGAUCCACCCGCUCCGCCAUCUUCAGAGCGUGCGGAGACGGGUCGCAGCAACGCCCCGGUCCCACGCAGUGUAUCUAAACGACGCGCAAGCAUGCCAUCUUCAGAGCCUGGCGACCCAGCUCUGCGUCGUCGACUAGGAGAGAUAACCCAGAAAUACGAGAGCCUCGAGCUUAGAUACCGCGAUCUAAAGGAGAUAGCGGUGAAGGAAGCUGAGCGCAACUUUGACAGGCUCAGGAAGCAGUCCGAGGAGAAAUCAAAACGCAAGUCCCCUUCCUCCCACCUCAUCUCAACUCUGGCCGACCAGCUCAUCGCAGCCCUCAAAGCCGAACUCGCCGCGCAGAGGGAAGCCUCCAAGGACUCGCAACGGCUACAAAAACAGCUCGAAGCCGCGGAAUCCAAAGCGGCCACUCUCCAAACCAAGGUCAACGAGCUAACCGCUUCACUCGCCGAUUCCAAAUCCGAGAUCAAGUCCCUCAACCUCAAACUGAUCGCCGCGCGCAGCGCCGAGGCCACGGCCGCGGCAGCGGCAGCCGUCACCAAAGUCCCUGGGAGCGCCAUGAAAGGGUCGGCAGCAACCGCCGCCCGCCUCGCGGCAGCAAGCACGUCCGAGGCCGUCCAGCAGGUGACGCUGGCCGCGCAGAAGAAGGAGGAUCUCUACGGCGACCUGACGGGGCUGAUUGUGCGGAGCGUCAAGCGCGAGGGUGGUGAGGACGUGUUUGAUUGUAUCCAGACUGGAAGGAACGGGACGCUGCAUUUCAAGCUUGCCAUCGACGCCGACACCAGCGGAAGCAGUGGAGAAGCCCAGUGCCACUACACGCCGCAGCUCGAUGUGAACCGGGACCGGGCGUUGAUUGCUGUGCUUCCCGGGUUCUUGGUCGACGAGAUCUCAUUCCCGCAAUCCCAAGCCGGGAAGUUCUACGCAAGGGUAAUCAAGGCGCUGACUGACCAGGUGCAGCAGGGGGAAUGA